AUGAGCUCCCCUUUCGGCUCGCCUGAGCCUGAGGAUGGGGGGUAUAUUGACCUCACGGGUGACGAUGAGGCUCAUGGCUUGGCUGGUACCGGACGUGGUUCUCCUGGCGAAGCCGGAGCGAGAGAUGAUGAAGGUAACGACAAGGUUUGUGGCCCAUCUGACGCAAGACAUGGUUCUCCUGGCGAGGCCGGGGCCGGCGACGAUGAAGGAAACCAUGCAGGCGAACAUGCACUCGACGACUGCGGGGACGAGGAAUGCAAAACCCGCAAAGUGGUCUUGAGGGGUCAGAUUGUCGCCAAGGACGAGGAACUUAGGCAGAGCAGGCAGGAGAGCCAUGAUCUGCAGGUUACGAUCAGGGGCUUGAGAGAUAAAGUGACCCAGCUAGAGCAAAAGCUGAAUCGGCCCAAGAUCCAUCAGCGGACCUGGCCCCGUCUCCUACAGACACUUAUCCUCACAGGGGAGGGACAGUACGACAAAAUAUAUCGCCAAUGCUGCAAAGAGGAGAAUAUGUCGUCCAAUUCACUCUACGUCCACCCCGAUAUCCGCUUGGUCGCGGCGUCGGAUGACAGCGAGCAAGAAAUCCACACUUACAGCGAGAAGAAAGUCCGGGAUCUCAGGGAGUUCCACCGAUUCAACGACUUGCCUGCCAACGUCCAGGUAGGCAUAUUCCGACAUUGGCUGUGCAUGGACCGCCGCCUAGUUCAUUGUUUGUCGAGGCUCGACCCCUUUCAAGCCCCUCCGGCGAUGCCUCCUAGUCGAUCCGGUCUUCUGAAUAGGUUCUACUGGGGCGAGGAGAGGGACUGCAAUAUCACCCAAGAUACUCAUGAUCCCCAGGAUAUCUUGCGUAUUCUCCUCGUCUGCAAGAGCUUCUACUUUAAGGGGAUCCACGCCUUCUACGGCACCAACACGUUCGCAUUUUCUAGCCUAGGCGAAUUCCACCGUUUCUGCAAGGGCAUUGGGCCGGCCCGCACCGCUCGCCUUCAACACAUCGAGAUGACCUGGAUGGGGAAUCAGUACUUGACCAUCAAGCCCGAUGAAAAGGGGCGUUGGUUUUCGAAGCGCACGUCUGCCCUCACGCACCUCUUGGAGAUGUCCCGGCUCCUGACCAUGGUUAUCUUCGUCAAUGAGGCCCAACCCAGACACAACCGCCGGAACUACGAGCCACCCCAGGUACAGAAGAACCUGGGUCUCAAGACCCUCGGACAGCCCAUUGAGCGCCUGAGCAGAAACCUCCGCACCGUCCAGGGCCUGGACUACAUCCACGCUCUCAGGGGCCUCAGGUGGAUCCACUUCUAUGACCUCUGGCCCGCCGUAAAGCAGGGCGGCGGCCGCUUCCCCAUCCACGACGCCUCGUUCGCCGCCGACGUGAAUAGUACCGUCACCAUGCCGAAGGCGUCUCCCGCGGCCGAGAAGGCCCAGCUGAAGAAUCUCGUCUCCGUCUUCAAACCCCAGAGACCGGCGGGUGGGGAUGAUUCGAGCGACGGCAGCUCCAGCCCCGAAUCACAGAGCGGCAGCGCGUGGGCUCCGUCCGACGCCGACUGGGAGCUCGUCGGGAAGUUCUACGACGAGGCUGCCAAAGAGAACCCCUUCAACGCUACUCGCCGCUACUACGGAGUCGCGGAUGAGUAUGCCUCUCGGUCCGGCGAGGCCGACGACGCUGAUGAUGAGGAAGAAGAAGAAGAAGAUGGAGAGGAAGAAGACAGCGAGGAAGAAGACGGCGAGGAAGAAGAUGGCGAGGAAGGAGAGGGCGAAAAUGAAAACGACUCUGAGAAUAACAAGGAGCGAGCGAGCAAAAGGGGUGACGAUGAGGUCGAGGACGGCAGAGAGUCGGACGAGGAAUCCGGUCUGUUCGUCUCCGAUGACGAAUCUGAAUCCAACCUGUUGGUCGGUGAGGAGAAAUGCGCUUUGGUUAUCUCGGACGACGAACCAGACUCGUCCGGCCCCGACAAUGAUAGCCGUUCUGAUACCCACGAUAUUCGCAAAGACUCUCGCGACAAGCAUCUUGAUCGCUUCAGCCGUCGAUCCUCAGAAGCCCCAAGCCGAGUGGCUUCUGAUUCAGACCUUCAAACGACCGGGCAGGAUCCUCCCCGCCACCCCUCGGAGGCCCGGAGUCUUGCGACCACAGACCCAGGUCCGGUCACCGUAUGUGAGAAUCCUCCCGCUGCCGUUGAGAAGCACCCCCACUUCAGCUGUCGAGCCUCGGAAACUCCGAGCCUUGCGGCCUCGGAGCCUGGCAUAAAUGAGAAUCCUCACGUCGUGGCUCAGGGGGGACGUUCCAUGACGGUCCCGAUCCACCGCUGGAUCGGAAGCUCUGAGACCGGAUCGGUCGCGAACAGCCGGUCUACAUCGCCAGCAUACCACGACGGCCGAUUCGUGAUGCCAGGGCGGGAAGCCCCGGCGACGGGACGUAGCCAACCCACUUCGCCCCUGUACCAGUCAAUCGAGAGCCCUGAAUCCGCCGCCGAUACGCCUUCGCCUUCGCCUUCGCAGGUCCCCCCAAAGCGGCCCAACGUUGACCAAGAGGGGCCAGACCCGAAACGGCAAAAGAAGGGCAACACGUCCCCGGGCUCCCAUUGCCCGCUCUCCUAGGUCAAGCUCCCUGGCCUCGUGGAGAGGCGGUGCCCUGUCUCGACAUGUUCUACUAUUUCCCCAAUCGGCAAAUCGUUCAUUAUUCAAACAUCUCGCCUCCCGCUGAGGUGGAUCCCUCCUCUCACGCUUUAUUAUUCAAAAUACAACACGCCCACGAUAUCGUAUUUGAUGUUAUUUCAUG